CCGGAUCUCAGCCCGAAUUCUGAGUGCUUGAAAGUCUCCGAUCCUCUUAUAAGCAUAGUCAUGGCUCAGUCACCGCCCACUUUCACCCCAGAUAGCGAAUUCGCUGACCUGGAGACGCCCCGCGGCCCUAAGGGUGGAAGUCUCUCCAUAACCGCCCUGGCUCGGUUUGAGUUCGAGGCUGGCAAGGGCAAUGAAGGUACCAAAAUUUUGAUGGUUGAGUGGGAGGAUGAUGACCUCACCAGAUCCUCUGCUGAGGGAUCAUGGCAUGUUUCCUGGGCGGGGAAGACUACUGUCCUCCCUGCGGAUGAUCGCCCGACUGAUAGUACUCGGCGCUUUUACUUCUUGCUUGGGCCGGGUAUCACUAUCCCACCGGUCAUCACACUAUCUUAUGAGCCUCCAAAAGAUACUGUUGCCUCGACGCCGUCGUCAAAAGCCCGCGAAGCUCUACAAUUGAACCCUCUACCUGCCAUCUUCCCUCCCGAGUUGGGUGCUACGGGUCGUGCUGCUGGCAAGAAGGGCGUGCUGCACACAAUUUGGGGAAAGAAGCGAUUGCGCGUUCUCGAUGACGAGAUCAGUCGCGAGGCCAAGAACAACGCCGAGGGGAUUGCCCUACACAUGGCUGUGCAAGAGAAGGAAUGGAUCGAAGACAACUUUGGGAUUGGCUCACGUGCCGUCGACGGAAUUGCUAGCGGCCAUGACUCUUCGAACUCUUCUUCCGUAUACCCUGCAACCCCAGUAUCUCCCGUGAGUGGAAGGAAACUGAGUGAGAAACUCAAGGGCUUAAAGCUGCAGACUAGCGAGAAGGAUCUCUCGACAAACAGUAGCCCAGACCCUGGACACCUUUUGUCACCUCAGUCUCCCGAUGUCGCCGUGUCCUCUUUCAGUUCAUUCAGAAAUGUCCCCAGCAGGCCGUUGCACUCGAUGCCAACACCGGAUACCAAUUCCACGCCGACUCCCAACAUCCAGAUCAAUCCAGCGGGGGCGGACUCGCUCAGAGCAGUUGCCCAAUUUCCCCCGGAGUUCCUCCAAGAAGCCCAACAAAAUAUUGAGCCCAACGGCUUUGCUUCUUUGAGCUCCAUGAACUCCAUGAAUUCCAUGCCCCCCCCUUGUCCGUACUUCAAGUACAGAGUCAGAGGACCUCUUCGCCAAGGCAUUGAGCCCUCGCUCGCCGGACCUUCCCCGAAGCCCGUUUUCGUUCGCUUGAUUUACUUCAUG